AUGGACGCAUCGACAACGAAUAUCAGACGCGCAGCGUUUGAGCGACUUGCUGCCUUCGACGCAGCGAAUCCCGGACAGGGCGAUAAAGGACGCAAUGUCGCACCGCUUCUCAGUGAAUACAGGCCAAAGAGCCUGCUGAAUGGCGUUCUAAAAGGACAGCCCCCGGUCUCGCAAGUUCCUAUGACAAUCCGAGAACUCGAAAUCCUCCUCGCGCUGGCCAAAAGCUCCCCGAACGUUACCCAGCAGGAUCACGCUCUCCGCCUCGUUUCGCAACUUGCCGAGUAUUUGCCAGAAUCACACAGCCAAGUGUUCCAAGCGUCGCCACUCCUGCUCGAUGUAGAGAGUUCUCCUUGGGAAGAGUUGACACGAAGCCUAACAGAAGCUCUCUUAUCGCUGACUUCGAACCAUGCAUCCGUUCGCGAAUCUGCCAACAAGGCGAUCAUCGAGUACUUCAGCAACUAUACACACGUAAUCAGAGGAGCGCGGCUUGAAUCGACCGAAAUCCUAAUUCUGACUGUUUCGUUGGUUGGCUUUAUGGAAGGCGCUUCUCGCUCCACUCACGUGUGGACUGCGACGGAGAAAUCAGGCAUAAUUCAAUACUUGCAGGAUAUUCUAUCCGAGGGUUUCCUUGUCGCUGUCGAAACAGCUGCUUCCAAGCUUCGCAACCAAUCCAUAUCUGACUCGUCUCUACGAGAGUGGCGCAAAUAUUCUCGAAGAUAUGCUUCCCAGGGACGACCCCUUGGUUCCAUGUUGCUGCAACAAGCAUUUACCCACUUUAUCAAAUCUUGCACAACAACUACCGUCUUGGGCUCCCCCAAUUUGGAUGACAAUGCCUUGUUCAACAAAUAUAACAGUGGCUAUGCCCGUGCGGCGAACUAUCACGAUGAAGAUGAGAGCUCCCUAGUGCAGAGUCUCACCGGCAUUAUUGCAGAUGAGGUUCAGUUUUUGCAAGAUGGGGCAGACUAUUUGCAAAUUGGUUCACCAUGGCAGCAAGGUCUCGCUUUCUCCACCAAAGCCUCAACCUUGGUUGCCUUCUUGAAUUGUACUAUACUGGAUCCGGAUGCUGCCGAUACUGAUUUGUUGCUAUCGUGGCUUGAGGAUACAGUGACUGACACAGCCCAAAUGGCUAAUUCUGAUCUGGCAACUACCGUGCUCGGUAUUACUGCGGCUACUGCGCGGCUAUAUCCGGCACACGCCUCCAACCUCAGCCAGUCACUCUUGAAGUUUAUUGUACAAGGCAAUACAAAUGCUUCAGUUGCUUCAGUCGCCGCCGAUUGUCUCACCAAGGUCCUCAAUAUCCUAUCUCAAGACUCUGUGAUUACCACUCUAUAUUCACUCGGAAAUGCUCUCAGUCCAGCAGCUGUAAAUGAUGACCGAAGUGGCCAGCUUCCUGUGGAGGCGCAUGAGAACAAUAGCACUCUUGACACUUAUUAUUCCAAUGCCGAAAGCGUUAUAUCCUUGCCUGGAAACAGUGAAGAGGAAACUGCGGUUACCCAUCGCAAUGUCAUUCACACCAUCGUCAACAUAGCUGUUGGAUGUGCAGACGAGAACCUGACAGCUUUGGCCCAGUCCAUGCUUCUUCAGAAAAUUGGCAAAAUUAACAUCAUCGUGGAUGCAUAUAUCAUUCAAGAAACGGCAAAGUUGGUCCUUGCCAGCAGACACACGGAAUUCCAGCUAUUGUUGAAAUUUUAUGCUCGUCUUUAUCAAGAGGGUACCCUCAGAGGUCAUAGCAUCAUCGUGGAUGCAGUACACAAUGCAAGGCUCUACAUCUCGUGCAGCCUGAGUAAAAGCCCAUCUCACUUCAGGAUCUACCUCGUUCAUUUGCUGGAAAGAAUCAUCAGUAAGGGGGACGUGACAGACAUUGAACACCAUAAGCAAAAGGACGUAUCGCUGACACCAAACGAUAUUACGCCGUUUUUGAAGCCACUUGGACUUCUAUUGUCGUGGGAAAGUGAGACCACAGGCCAGCUAAAUGACGUUUCUUAUUAUUAUGACGAAGACACCGCCGCUUUGUUCCGUGACGCCUGGUUUAAUAUCGCUGUGCAUGGUAUCUCGUUCAAGUCUGAGAUCGGGAAGCGAUAUCGUGAUGAACUACGCGCUAUUGCAGCAAAGUCCCCUUCGCUAGUCCCUGAAAACCGCGCUGAAAUUUUGGAGAGUGACGUGGAGCUCAAUAUUAUCCUCAGACGUGCUGUGACGCCCCAGCGGACAACUGAACAGAAGAAGUCGCUCUCCGACGAGCUUCCAGAACGCGAAUCUGAUGUCAAGCGACUUAGCUACCAACAAGUCAUCUUUUUGAAUGCCAGUCUCCUGAUAGAAACCCUCCGAGCAUCACGUGGAGACUGCAACAAGGUUUUGUUGUAUUUUCUGGAUCCGACUCUGAAUUCGUCCGAAAUGGGCAACUGUAUGGCUGCAAUUGCCGAUAAAGUUGUCACCACAUACCUGUCGAUAACUCUCACUGGCAAAGUUGAAGACUUUUCUGCCCCGAACUUGUCGAAUCAGCUUGCAGAGAUUUUUGUUUAUUGCUGUCACCGUAUUCACAGGGUCCAGGAGGUUGCCUUAUCUUGUGCCAGCAAAAUAAUAAGCACGUCUCCGUCCUCCCUAUGCGAUAGAAAGUCUCUCUUUGUGCUAUUCGAUCUUCUCACUAUCAUGUGGUCAUCGUGCCUUGAAAACGAGCUUGACGAAUUUGGAUGGAAGUCUACUUUCAGGAAAGGGAAUGUGCAAGUUGAGCUGUCUGACAACUACGACUCGAGGAAGCGCACUUUGGCCUCGUUCCGUGUUCAGGCGAAAAAUUGGGUAACAAUUGCGAUCAAUCUUGCCCCUUUAGAUGUGAAGGGCCUCCUACAGACGUACCUUUCUGAAGAUGAGGAUGAUGACGAGUCCUAUGGACGCAUCUCCCUUGGACGCUCGUUUGCAUUGGAGAUGGUGGCUCUCAUUCCCCAGAGCGAUCUACGACUAGGUGCUAUUGACAAAUACGGUGUGGAGAAUAUCAAUUUUGCCUCGGAUUUCAUUGCACAAUAUACCGCACGGCAAGAAUACAGGUUCUCGGAGAUUUCUGCUAAAAGCCAACGCACAAAGGGUCGAUCAUUGAUCACCAAUGGAAAAAGCAACUCUAUACACCAGCCUGUCAAAGCAAUCGAGGAAGAUCUGGAGCAGCUUUCUUAUCGUCUCUCAGCCGGGGUUGAAGGAUUUGGCGACGAAGUGCGCGAGGUUCUGAGGAAUGCCUCGACCCUGCUUUGCAGAGACAUGGAGAUUCAACCUACAAUCAUUCACUUCCUGGUUGGUAUACCAUUCCAGAUUUUCACCAAGGAAUCAAUCAAGUUUGGUAUAUCAGUGUGGCUGGGCGUUAUUCACGAGAAUCCGGAAACAGAAUCCAGAAUCUUGACGGAGAUAGCAGAAGCUUGGGAAAGAACUGUUUCGAGAAGAAAGGGAAUAUUCGAUCCCUUUUUUGAGCACCCGGACCCUUUUUUCGCAAACAUUGAGCUGCUUCCUUCAGACAAAGCAUUGCUCCUUCGGCAACAACACAAGGCCCAAGAUAUCCUGUCACCGCAUUUCCGUAUCUUGCAGUUUUUUGGAAGCCAUUUUAACGCCAUUCGCCUGGGUAACCCCCAUUCUCAGCGAAUAUUUUCUCGAAUGAUUCACCGUACCCUGGUCGGUCUGAAACACACCAGCAGCCACCCACUGGCACGAGAAGUCCACUUCCACAUAAUUCUUCUAGCACUGAAAAUAAUUCAGUACUCAACGGUGCAGAGUGACAAAUAUAAGUGGAAAUUAAAAGAUCUAACCCUCUCUGCUGCUCUUGGUUGGUUUAGACUUCCUCCAAGGUGGUCGUUGGGUGGUAAUCGCCUGCAAAUGAAGGCCGAGGACAGAUUGCUGGGGGACGUCGAGACUAGUCUCAAGAAUCUCGCUAAUCUAGGCUCUACCAACGUGGGACCUCGCAAAUCAUUGAAAAGUAAACAAGAGCUUCUGCAGAUUCUUAUUGAAAAUGAAAGGAUGCGUUUAAGAGUCUGGCUCUUCCCUCUUGAACAGGACCGAAAGAGUUACAUAUCGACCUUUGGGGGGAAGAGUCAACCAGAGGCUGUUGGCUCCCUGCUUCGAAUUGCAUGGAAUGAAGAUCCCAGUUUAGCUCUACAGAUAGCGUGCCGCUUUCCUUCACAAAAGAUCCGAAACGACGUUCGCUGGCUGCUUCUCAAUUUCCCUGAGAAAGCGAUGGACGUGCCCGAGAGUCUUGAAGUAAUGCUUGGCUUAAGCUUGCCAUCCGACAUUUCUUUCCAAUUAAAGUAUCUAUUGUAUUGGACUCCUGUUGCGCCUAUCGAAGCAUUGACCUACUUUUUACCGGCCUAUGGCAACCACCCCUUUAUUCUCCAAUAUGCCAUGCGAGCCUUGGAAAGCCAUUCGAUCGAUGUCAGGUUCUAUUUUGUCCCACAACUUGUCCAAGCCUUGCGAUACGACGCCAUGGGCUAUGUUGAGCGGUAUAUUUAUGAAUCAGCGAAACUUUCGCAGCUGUUCGCGCACCAAGUGAUUUGGAACAUGAAAGCAAAUGCUUACAAAGACGAAGAUUCCCAGAUUCCCGAUUCCAUCAAGCCCACCUUGGAUAGCUUCAUGGAUCGACUGAUAUCGAGUUUCUCGACUGAAGAGCGCGACUUUUAUGAGAGAGAGUUCUCUUUCUUCAAUGAAAUCACAGGAAUUUCCGGGAAAUUGCGGCCGUUUAUCAAGAAGAGCAAACCGGAAAAGAAGCAAAAGAUUGAAGAGGAACUCCGCAAGAUCAAGGUUGAAGUCGGCGUUUACCUGCCGAGUAACCCGGAUGGUGUUGUUGUUGGCAUUGAUCGCAAGUCUGGCAAACCAUUGCAGAGCCAUGCAAAGGCCCCAUACAUGGCCACGUUUCGAAUCCAAAAGAACAAGGCGAUAGAAAACCCUACACUUGACCAGCACUUGUUAGAGGAGGAGGAUGCCGCCACGCCUACUACUCCAACAUCGACCGAAGAAGCGUGCGAGACUUAUGAAGUUUGGCAGUCAGCGAUCUUCAAAGUGGGUGAUGACUGCCGGCAGGAUGUGUUGGCGCUGCAAUUGAUCGCGGCUUUCAGGAAUGUGUUCAACUCAGUUGGCCUUGACGUUUGGGUGUUCCCUUACCGGGUGACAGCUACAGCGCCCGGUUGUGGUGUGAUCGAUGUGCUGCCCAAUUCGAUCUCUCGAGACAUGCUCGGCCGCGAAGCAGUAAACGGACUGUACGACUACUUUGUAUCGAAAUACGGAGGUGAAGAGUCGACGCGGUUCCAAGAGGCACGAACGAAUUUCGUCAAGAGCAUGGCCUCAUACUCGGUCAUUUCGUAUUUGCUACAAUUCAAGGACCGACACAACGGCAACAUCAUGAUUGACGACGCAGGACAUAUCAUCCAUAUCGACUUUGGUUUCUGUUUCGACAUCGCUCCCGGUGGUGUUCGAUUUGAGCGGUCACCAUUCAAGUUGACCUCGGAGAUGGUGGCGGUUAUGGGUGGCGGACAACACGUUGCCAACGGCAAUUCUUCAAGCGGCUUACAUUUGCCGGGCACUCACAGCCACGAUCCCACAUCGACACAGGCAUUCCGGUGGUUCGAGUCGCUCUCGGUCAAGGCGUUCCUGGCCUCGCGCCCCCACGCCAACAAGUUCAUCCAGAUCGUGACAAUGAUGCUCGACAGCGGCCUGCCGUGUUUCAAGCCCGAGACGAUCAAGAACUUUCGUGAUCGGUUCGUGCUAGAGAAAAGCGAGAGGGAGGCGGCCGACUACAUGCGCGAGUUGGUCCGCAAGAGUUAUCUCAGUUUCUCGACCAAGGGUUAUGAUCAGUUCCAGCUGAUGACCAAUGGUAUUCCUUAUUAG